AUUGUUGAUAGAAGCGAGAGAUUUGUCGAUAAGUUAUCUAUCAUUUUGAUAAAGAAGUCGAACGGAUAUUUGAUGCUUGACGAUCUCACAAGACCGUAUGCUGGCUUUGCCCAAGAUACUCGACACUGUACUUUAAUUUUUGCAAUUUUCACAAAAUGGAAAUGUUCUUUCACGUCGGUGGUGCCGAAGUGAUUUUGUUUCGUCAAUGGCAUACGAGGGAUUCUGCAGGUAUUGCGGCGUCCAUGAUUGGCAUUAUUCUCUUAACGAUUAUAUACGAAGGGAUAAAAAGUUAUCGGGAUCAUUUGUAUAUCAAUACAGCACGUUUACGGAAACAUAAAACAGAAUCGCAUAGGAGUGAAUUGCUCUUCUCGAGAAUGCACAUUCUCCAAACGGUCGUUCACGUUAUUCAGCUAGUCAUAGGAUAUUUCCUUAUGCUAAUUUUCAUGACGUACAACGCUUGGCUUUGCAUCGCCGUAGCAUUAGGCGCAGCUCUUGGCUAUUGGGUGUUCAGCUGGGAAAAGUCCAGCGGAAAUAACAUUGAUUGCUGCUUGUAAAUUCUCAAACUUAAGUUCCAUUCUCGUGAUACUGCACAGGGGGUCAAUUCCGUUUCAAAAUCGAAAACUGUAUUUUCACAAACGAUAUUUCCUCAACGCCAACACGUUAAUGUAACUUUCUGACAACUUUCUUUUAAAAAAAUAAAUUACGCUAGAAACGAACGUUUAUUGAAUCCAUGCGGUCCUAACUGAUUGACGUUGAUGCAGGGAAUCACACACUGUAAUCGAUUCGACACAAUCGUUAUCUAAUCGAAAGUUCCCUUUUAUUGUACAGCAUAAUCGGUAUCUCGGUCAUUCAGUCGUAUCGUAUUGGUGCGGUGGAGUUAUUAGAAAAGUUCAAAUGUAAAAUAUUUUCAGUACGCAAACAAGAAACAAAAAAGAGAGAGAGAGAGUAGCGACAGAGAAGUUGAAAAUGAAAGCUUCCAGUGAGAGUAAACGAUACUGCGGUAUAGACUCAAGAGUUACGUUCAAGAAAGACUUCAAGUCGCUUAACGAAAUAAUAUUCGGAUGGGAUAAAUUUAACAGUGUGAUGUUAUUCGUUUUCAUACUGCUAUUUCUUACUUGGGCUGUUAUAUUUUUCCUGUCAUACGAUAUGUAUUAUACAGAUCAUGAUCAUAGUACAGAUCAUGGAGGUCAUGGGAAUCAUUCAAUUCACAGUCACGAAGCAUAAUAAUCACUUAAUUAUCCCGUCUCAUCGUAUAAUGCGCAUUAUGAAUUUACUCCGUGCUACCUGAGAAGAGAAUAUUUAGAAUUUCAAAGGAAGCUCCAAGUACUUUUCGAGAAUUUCG